AUUCGCGCUACGUUCACUAAAAUUUCUGACAUCCUAUAAAUUGAUUUUGGAAGGAUAAUUUCACUGGUUUCACCCACUUGACCUCUCUUAAUUGUUAUUGUCUUCUUUAUUCCUUUUCACACUAUGACCGGCUAUUCUACCAAGCAAGCUAAACCUCAGCAUUUCAUUACCACAGCUGACUUCACCGCCGAUCAGCUUUUGGAAUUCGUGAACCGCGCUAUCCAGUUCAAAGUCGAAUCCAAGUACAAGAAAGACCGCACAGAACGACCUAUGACCGGCAAGUCCAUGGCCGUAUUAUUCUCAAAACGUUCCACUCGUACUCGUGUUGCCACCGAAACCGCUGUAGCCUACUUGGGUGGCCAUGCCAUGUUCCUCGGUUCACAAGACAUUCAGUUGGGUGUCAAUGAAUCUUUAUUAGAUACCUCGCGCGUUAUUAGCUCCAUGGUCGAUGGUAUCAUGGCUCGCGUAGGCAAACAUCAGGAAAUUGAGUUGCUCGCCCAAGAAUCCACCGUGCCUGUCAUUAAUGCUUUAUCUGACAAAUAUCAUCCUACCCAAAUUCUUGCCGAUCUUAUGACCAUUCAUGAAUACAUUCAUCACCGUCAAAAUGGUGUUUCCGACCAAUACACAGCACACACGCAGCAUCCUCGCGAAACUCUGAAGGGCUUGAAGGUCGCGUGGGUUGGUGACGCAAACAACAUCUUACAGGAAAUCUUGGUGGCUUUCCCUAAAGUGGGUAUCAGCGUCGCCGCCGCUGCUCCUCCUGGUUAUGUCUGCGAUGACGAUGUCGUUGCUAUUGCCAAGGCUGAUGCCGAAAAAUCUGGCGCCACUGUCUCCUUUACCACCAAACCCGAAGAAGCCAUCAAGGAUGCCGAUAUCAUUGUUACCGAUACAUGGGUAAGCAUGGGUCAAGAAGACGAAAAGGCAAAACGAUUGCGCGAAUUUGCUGGUUACCAAGUAACAAUGGAUCUUGCCAAGCGUGGUGGUGCCAAGCCUGAUUGGGCUUUCAUGCAUUGCUUGCCUCGCAAGCCUGAAGAAGUUGAUGACGAGGUCUUUUACUCUGACCGAUCUCUGGUAUUCCCUGAAGCGGAAAACCGAAAAUGGACUAUCCUUGCUGUUAUCGACGCGUUAGUCGUUAAGGGCGGUAUCUAGAUGCAAAUAGAAAACCAAAUAACUUGUACUUUUUCCCCUUGUAAUUUUUGAAAAUAAAAAGAAUGCCAAAGAACAUCGC